GUGACCAGAGUUUCCUGUAUUUUCUUGAAACGUGAAAAUGCUUAAAGCCAUUCUGAAAUAGUUGGUGCAUGGUGUUGGUAUGAUAAGGACAUUGAAAAAGCUGUGGAAUUAUAGUCUUAAGAUGAGUGAAGUUGCCACAGCGGUCAGCAUGAAACGGAAAGCAGAGGAGGGAUCAGAAUCGUCAAAAAAAGUGAAAAACUGUAAAAAGGAACCUGUUCCUCAGAUGCAAGGCAACCCCAAUGCAAAGAGAAAAGUAGUUGUUCUGAUCGCUUAUAAUGGCAAAGGAUAUCAUGGGAUUCAAAGAAACCCACCUUAUCCAUCUAUUGAGGAGGAGAUACUAAAGGCUCUGCUUAGUGUCAAUGCUAUCACUCAAGAACACUACGAUAAACCGGGUGUUGUACAUUUUCAGCGAGCAGCAAGGACAGACAAACAUGUUUCAGCGGCCAGCAACAUACUCUCUCUCAAGAUGGUGACAAAUGUGGAGAACUUUACAGAAAAGGUGAACGAGGCACUGCCAGAACAGAUCCGAUUAUUUGGUUUUAAGAGGACAACGAAGGGUUUUGACUGUAAAACUCAGUGUACAGGCCGCACCUACAUGUAUGUUUUACCUACCUACGCACUCGCCCCACUGGAAAUGAAUGUCACAGACGAAUACCGAGUAACAGAGGAAGUUCUGACACAUGUGAAUGCUGUAUUAAAGUUAUACGCUGGAACCCACAACUUCCAUAAUUUCACCUCAGGCAUAAAACCUACAGAACAGAAAGCCAAACGAUACAUCAUCGCUUUUGAGUGUGGGCAGCCUUAUGUCAGAGAAGGUCUAGAAUUUGUUACUUGUAAAGUUCGUGGCCAAAGCUUCAUGCUGCAUCAUAUCAGGAAAAUGAUAGGGCUGAUGAUCGCAAUAGUAAAAGGCUACUGCAAGGAGGAUGUGCUUGAGUUGGCAUGGGGACCAGAAAAGGUGGAUGUACCAAAGGCUCCGGGAUUAGGCUUACUGCUAAAUGAGCUGUAUUUUGAUGGUUACAACAAGAAGUGGGGAAGAGAUGGACUUCAUGAGGCAAUUGAGUGGUCUGAAUAUGAGGAGGAGCUGGAGAAAUUCAAAGAGGACUAUAUAUUACCUGAAAUUUACAAAGGGGAGAAAAAUGAUAGAGUUAUGUGGGACUGGUUAAAAACAUUACACAUGCAUACCUUUGACGUAGAGAGCAAGAAUAAAAGACGACACAGAAAUGAGGCCUUUGACUGCCAAGACGGUUGUGAGGGAAACACUGAGAGAUCAAAGGAAGAUGAAGAUUCAAACCAAAACCAGGGCACUAUGUUGGCAGAAAAUCAGAGCCAAAGUGUAGAAAAAUCGACAGAAAAUCAGAGUGAAAGUGUAGAAAAGUCAACAGAAGAUCAGAAGGAAAGUGUUGGAAAGAACUCUGAACCUUUUAAGGAAACAAAAUCUCAGGACGUUUUGACAAGUAGUUUUGGUGGUGAAGAUGGCAAGGAAUCAGACACUGGAAAAAUAUAAUGGCAUGUAUGUUGUGUGUGAGAGAGAGGGAGAGAGAGAGAAAUCAAAUGCAAAAUAAAAUCUGUUUUGUACA